GCUAUUAAUGCCCACACGAGCGCAAAGGUCGAGGCGCAUCACUAAGCGAGCAGCACGACGAUCGUACGCUUCAGCGUGGUCUUCAAGAGGCUCUUCAAGCGAACGCCUCAAAGCGAACUGUGAACUUGGCUCUCAGGUUGUGUAAUUACAGCACAUCGCACACAGCUCACAAAUCGCAAGCAUGCGCAUCCUCAUUGCGCUGCUGAGCAGUGGCGCCGCCACGGCGCUCUCCGCGAUGACGGCGCGUCCCAGCGCGUCGGCCCGGACCAACCUCCUACAAGUCCUCGCGGACGUCGUGCCGAGCGACCGCUUCAGCGCGCCGCCGGACGGCGCGAAGCGCAUCGAGGAGGCGGUCGCCGCGCUCGAGAAGGCCGCGACCGACGACGAGAAGCCGUCGUUCCCGCGGGACCUCAUGGUCAUCGACGGGGACUGGGAUUUGAGAUUCACGAACAACGCGCCGCCGCCGCCGCCGGACUGGGUGCCGUUCGACACGUCCGGUUUGGCGGGCCGCGACGUCGUCCAGAAAAUUGAUGUGAUGGGCCGCCGCGUCAAGAACUGCGUGACCGUGGCGCCGUGGCCCUCGGCCGUGCUCGACGGCCUCGACGGCCUGCCGCUCAUCGGAGCGCCCCUGGCGGCCCUGUCGAAGGCGUCGGUCGCGCUGAGCCUGGACCACAGCUUCUCGGUGGACGGCGACGGCUCGACGCCCGGCACAAGGAAAGCCGCCGGCACGAACCGGGUGAAUAUUGUGUUCGAACGUUUAGACCUGCGUGGAAUCAAAUUUCGGGUGCCCCACAACCUAACUCACUGGUCGAUUUCCAGGUCUAGACAGGACGCUCACCGGCCUCGACCGAGACAAAGCGCCGGAAUUCGCGGAGCUCUUGCCACAAGCAGUGUAUAAAUCAACUUUCACGGAGGCGACGUCUGCUCGAUGGCGUGGCGGUGUGCAUCUCUCACCGCUCGAUUCAGUCAGCAACACUGGUUGAUUUGCGAUUUGCACACAGACCAGAAGAGACGGGCUACGACGUCCCUGAGAUUGCGAGAGCAGCCAACGCCGCCUUCGCGGCGACGGGCCUGGACGGCUCGGCGUUCGAUACUACCUAUUGCGACGAGACUCUCAGAAUCUCGCGCGGCGGCAACCCGCUGCGGGGCGAGCUCCGCGUGUUUACGCGUGUGGCGGCGCCGGCCCCGCCGUCUCCGGAGGUGGUAGACGAGGACAGGUAUAUGGUCUCUCCCGACAUGGAAGGGGACCCGGAGGACAGCAUGCCGAGCGACUAGCUCCGCUUUGUGUAAAUUGAUUUCGUGG